CGUUUCGCAUCUCUUCGGCCUCAGACGGGAUCUGCUACUCCCAAAGCAGAAUCCUGCUGCUUUGGGGGUACGCACGAACAUGGCCUGCAUCUUGAAGCGCAAGACUAUUAUUCUGGUAGGUAUUGUGGCAGCAUUGUUGUUCCUCAUCAUUGUCCGUCUUACGAACGAAGUCAGCUUUCCUCUGAUCCUCAACUGCUUUGGUCAAACCAGUGUCAAAUGGAUGCCAUUCUCCUACUCCCAAAGACGACCUCUAAGGACACACUAUGGAUAUAUAAAUGUGAGAACCCAAGAGCCUUUACAUCUGGAGUGUGACAUUUGUGCCAUUAUUUCAAACUCAGGACAGAUGGCAGCACAGAAAGUAGGAUAUGAAAUCGAUCAGUCCUCAUGUAUAUGGAGGAUGAACAAUGCUCCUACCAAGGGCUAUGAGGAAGAUGUUGGGCAGAGGACAACAGUCCGAGUUGUCUCCCAUACCAGUGUCCCUCUUCUGCUUAAGAAUCCUGAAUAUUUUUUCAGGGAAACCAACAGCACGAUCUAUGUCAUCUGGGGACCUUUUCGAAACAUGAGGAAAGAUGGCAAUGGCAUUGUGUACAACAUGUUGAGAAAGACUGUGGACAAUUACCCUGGGGCCAAAAUCUAUGUAACCACAGAAAAGCGCAUGAGUUACUGUGAUGAAGUAUUUAAAAGGGAAACGGGAAAAGACAGAGUCCAGUCAGGAUCCUAUCUCAGCACUGGCUGGUUUACCUUAAUACUGGCUAUGGAUGCUUGCUACAGAAUACACGUCUAUGGGAUGAUAAAUGACACCUACUGCAAGUCAGAAGGCUUUCGAAAGGUUCCAUAUCACUACUAUGAACCAGGAAGAGACGAAUGUGAUGAGUACUUUCUGCAUGAAAAUGCACCCUAUGGAGGCCAUAGGUUUAUUACAGAAAAGAAAGUAUUUGCUGAGUGGGCUAAGAAGCACACUAUAAUAUUUACACAUCCUAACUGGACAUUGUCUUGAUGUUGGAUCUCCCAGCCUUUCACUACUAGCAUAAUAUUACACAUAGGAAAUUCCUCAGUAUACUAUGAUACAUGCAACUGACUAGAUCUUCUCAAUGUAGGUAUUUAUAUGAACAAUAAACACGAUAAAGGAUGGCUCCACUGUGGAACAAGGAUAGAUCUACCAAUCUCUGGAAGACUUACAAGAUGCUUAUUAUAACUCUUAGGGCUGUACAUCACAAAUGCACUUUACUCUUAACUGGAUUUUUAAUUCAAAAUGGCAGCAGUUGGGCUUAAAUAUGAUUUUAAGGGGUAUGACACA